AUGACUUCCCCAGAUCAAAACGGACCAGGACCAGUCUCUCUUCUCCUCCUCCCAGCACUUGCGCUGGGCUCCACCACAGCCUCGCAGACAUCAGCAUACAAACGAACCUUUGAAACACUUUUACCCAGAUUAGUACCGAAGGGAGACUCUCAGUCGUCGCAGACGACAACCAUCACAACUGCCAUUUCCCGACUCGACGUCGCCAUCGUCUUAUCACCAACAUACCCGAUCUCACCACUGACCCCACGGGCAGCAGUCUUCCGCCCCUACCAGCAACUCCUAGCCGAGACAUACAGCUUGAUCUGCGCGGUCGCCGCCGAAACGGAAGUCGAACUCGACUUUCCAGGUGGAUUGGACGUGCGUUUGUUUCAACUAGAAUCUCGAGUCGACCAACUGCCCCAACAACUCCGGGGCAAGCAAUUUCUGUCUGGGCCCAUUGUCGAUAUCCAGACUUUUGGGCUGGCCGCUUCCUCUCGCUCUUACACGACCAUCUAUUCAAUUGAAGGAGAGGUCGGCGAGGGCCACCUUAAAGCCCUAACGACGGCAUGGCAAGCAACAGGGAACAAAACUGCUCCGCCUGUUCAGCGGCUUCCUAGCGGUCCUGCAAUGACCAUUCCCAUGACCAACUCCACCACCACAGGACAAACCUCACGCUUCUCCUCCUCUCCGCCGCUCCAAGAGGGCGAGGUCGAUGGUCCGGUCUCAACACACAAAGCCGUCGCCGUCGGCGGCACCUUUGACCAUCUACACAUCGGUCACAAGUUACUGUUGACCGGCACUCUGCUGGCUGCCGAGCCGCCCUCAACCAACGAAACCGGACAAGACAAAACCCGCCGAACCAUCACCGUCGGCAUCACGGGUGACGCACUACUCGUGAACAAAAAGUACGGCUCUGUCGUGGAACCCUGGUCGCUCCGCCAACAACGCACAGCAGAGUUCGUCGAGUCCAUCCUGGUUUUCCAUCCCGACGUGGCAUCGAUCAAAACCACAGAGUAUAUCGACGAGCCUGGCCCCAAUGGAAAGGUGGUACAUGUCACUUAUGGCGGCGAAAUCGCCAUCAAUUACACCCAGAUUUCAGACCCGUAUGGCCCCACCAUCACAGACGAGAACAUCAGUGCUCUAGUGAUAUCAGGGGAAACCAGGGCAGGCGGCAAGGCUGUCAAUGAUAAACGAAAAGAAAAGGGGUGGAAGGAACUCGAGAUCUUCGAGGUGGACGUUCUGGAUGCCAGCCUCGCAAUGGAUGGCCAUGAAGGAGACGGUCAGAAGCAAAAGAAGGAAAGUUUCGAGAGCAAAAUAAGUAGCACCAAUAUCAGAAAGAGACUGCUGGAGAUGAGCGCAACGGGCGCUGGACAAUAA